AAAUAGCUAAAAUUCCAGCUAAUGUCAUAUCCCAAAAUUGAAUACUUUUCCGUUCCAAAUAGCUAAAAUGACAACCCUGGUGACUGAGAACUGAGCGCACCGAUCUUACUCGCCGCCGCCGAUAAUAAGUGCUGUUCGAGGCGAAACUCAGAAACCUGAAAAUCCAAAAGGCCAGAGAUUCUAAAAGCCACCGGGGAUCGAGCCACUGUUUUUGGCCUUGACUUGUAGGAGGUUCAGCUGGCCAAGUGUUUGGAAGAAAAGGUGAUCGUGAAAACGACGAAACUGUCUUGCUGGCUGCUGCUGUGCCUUUGGUGUAUGUGUGUGUGUUUGCUGCGGUGUGUGCAAUUUUUUUUCAUCACCAACCAACCCGCGUGCGUUUUAGUGUGUGCGGUCUCGAAGAUCGCGUGGCCCCCAGGAGAACCCAGUCAGGUCAAGAUCCACGCCAGGCACAGCUUCUACGCUGGAAAGACAGUUCCUUUUAAAUUAUUACUUGUAUCUGCUUUCGACGAGCAGCUCCUUCAACAUAUCCAGGAUUACAAAUACCAACGGCACCUUCAGGCCGUACAAUUAUGGGUUUAUAUGCCAAGAGUGUUUCUUCUACCAGCAGCACUGAGCCAAAUGGAAGCAUAGUCACAUCCUCCGCCAGCGAUUUGGAAGCUAGUAGCAGCAGCAGCAACAUUGUCGCCGUCGUCAGCAGCAGCAGUAACCACAACAGCCCCAACCAGCCGCCAGCCCUGUCCACCGCCCCCUCGACCUCGUCUCAGUCCCGGCAGAAGUUCCCGGAACCGCCAGCAGCGUCCGGAGGAAGCGAGAUGUGCUCCUGUGAUAACCAGAACCUUGCAACAUCCACAUCCACAUCCACAGCCACCACCUCGAAUGGCACUAAACGUAAACGGCGUUUAAGCAGCGACUCCAACGACGAUGCUAAGGAUCCUGAAAUUGGCUUCGAGCCUCCAUCGGCCAAGCGCAUGCAGCGGCUGCCAGUCCUGUACGCCAGCGACCAGAGCAACCUCUCGUCCGUGGCCUCCUCGGUCUACACAUCGCCGGUGGUGUCCGCCGACGGACAGAGCACCCAGGAGCUGCUGAGUAUCCGCAGUUCUCCGGCUGAGGAGCUCCCGGAAGCGCCCAACAGUCCGCUGCCGGACAGCCCGGAUAGUCCACCGAGCCCCGACCGCGGCUUGACCGGUAAGCAGGCUCCUGUGGUAGUCCGCUUUGGCACCGAGAUGGUCAGCUCCCAAAACGAGCAGCACGAGGACGACGAUCUGCUGGACGACAGCUGCGAGGACUACUCGUACGACGAGGAAGAAGACGUCGACGGCGAGGAGGAGGACGACAACGAGGAGAUCAACUCCUCCACUGUUUCCCCAGCCUCUUCGGCCAGCAGCCAACAGCAGCCGGUCAAUGGGGAACGAACUCCUGGUUUCCAGAAGCAGUUGCGGAACUUUCCGAUGAAUGUGAUCGAGCCAGUGUCCUUCGAGUUCAUGAUGUCACCGGCGGAGGAGAACUCGCAGCGCCAGUGCCCGCUUCCGGCGCUGGCCUGGGCCAAUGCGGGGGACGUGUGGCGCCUCAUGUGCCACCGGGAUGAGCAGGAUUCGCGCCUGCGCAGCACCUCGAUGCUGGAGCAGCACCCCGGCUUGCAGCCGCGUAUGCGCGCCAUCCUCCUGGACUGGUUGAUCGAGGUCUGUGAGGUGUACAAGCUGCACCGGGAGACGUUCUACCUGGCCGUCGACUAUCUUGAUCGCUAUUUGCUGGUGGCGCGAAAGGUGCAGAAGACGCACCUACAGCUGAUCGGCAUCACCUGCCUCUUCGUGGCCGCGAAAGUGGAGGAGAUCUAUCCGCCCAAGAUCGGGGAGUUUGCCUACGUGACGGAUGGCGCCUGCACGGAGCGAGACAUCCUGAACCACGAGAAGGUCCUCCUGCAAGCCCUCGACUGGGAAAUCAGUCCCAUCACCAUAACUGGCUGGCUGGGCGUCUACAUGCAGCUGAAUGCCAACAACCGCACCCCGGCCUCGUUUGCUCAGAUGAGCCGCCAAAAGGCGGCCGAAGCCUCGGCGGCGGACGACGCCUUCAUCUACCCGCAGUUCUCCGGCUUCGAGUUCGUGCAGACGUCGCAGCUGCUGGAUCUGUGCACCCUGGACGUGGGCAUGGCCAACUACUCCUACUCAGUUCUGGCGGCGGCCGCCAUCAGUCAUACAUUUAAUCGUGAGAUUGCUCAGCGUUGCUCUGGAUUGGACUGGCAGGUGAUCCUGCCCUGCGCCCGCUGGAUGGAGCCCUUCUUCCGGGUCAUCUCGAAGAAGGCCACCUUCCUCCACCUGAAUGAGCAGAACGAGCAGGUCAGCAACAAGUUCGGCCUGGCCCACGUGUGCCCGAACAUCGUAACCGACGAUGCGCACAUUAUCCAAACCCACACCACCACCAUGGAUAUGUAUGACGAAGUACUGAUGGCUCAAGAUGCGGCGCACGCGAUGCGAGCUCGUACCCAGGCCUCCCCGGCCACCGCGCUGCGCGCUCCCGAAAGCCUGCUGACACCUCCCGCAUCUAGUCACAAGCCGGACGAGGAUCUGGGCGACGAGGGCGAGGAGGCAGCCGCCAGAAGCGGCCUGACCUCCGCAGCCACAUGUGCCGCCGGCAGCAGCAGCAGCAGCCACAUUGCUGUGAACAGCAGCCACGACAGCAGCAACAACACCUGCAGCAGCAGGGCCAACCGCUGAGGGAUCGGCGGUCCGGCUCCUGGUCAAUCUCUAACUCUCACCACACCCGCCCAAACAGUCUCUACGUUAAGUGUUUCUUAUAUUUAAAUUAUUCUCGUUAAGUGAAAAGUUAUUAGUUGCCUAAUUCCUAUUCUAAACAUAUAUUUAAUUUGAAAUAUUCUACGCGCAUCUGCUGCUCAACUCGCGAUAACCACUUCCUCGCACAGCUUACUAUUUAAUUUGUGUAUUUAUCCAGAAAAAGAAAUAUAAUAUUAAUUGUACACUAUCCAUACAACAAAAUAUGAUUACAAAAAGAUCCUCCAGACAAGGGAAACUGAAUUACCCAACAGACUCGUACGCUGGAAACAACAAGAAGCAGGAGUUUGGCAGAAGUUGAUAGAAAAUUGAACUGAGAAUCUAGAAAUCCGUCGCCGAAACCAUGUCCAGCUAUCCACUGACUCAUAGUGACCCCCAUAGCGACAAGUGCAAGAUUAACCCACUAAUCUGACGUACAUGAGCGGGCAGCAGCAGCCCACGCAACUAUACUUGACUAAUCAACUAAAAUUAGUGUGUAAGUCGAGGGCAGUCACUAAAUCGACUAACGCUGAGCUUUUCAUCCGCAUCGAACAACUAACCCGACUAACAAGAAACCAAACUAUCAUAAGGACAACCAAUCCACAGCUGACAUGGAGGGACAAGGAUUGGCAUUUGAUGAAUUAUAUUGAUUUAAACAUUAAUGAAUUGAACGAAAAGUACAGAGAACAUGCGUACACACAUACUUUGUAACAUUUUAAUUUAGACUAAUUUGCCAUAAUUUGCUUAGCAAAUAAACCUGUACAUAAAGCAGAAAGCACACAAUACACAAAACAAACACAAAGGGAAGAAGAUACCUUAACUGAAACGCAUAUAAUACAUUAUUAUAUAAGUGUACCAUAUAUCUUAUGUACAUUCAAAGGCAACAA